AUGUUCAAUCGAUUUUCCACAUCUCCAGAUGUUUUCAGCUGGGCCCAAGUUUCAACGUCUGAGGCGGUUCCCACAGCGUCACGCUUAAAGGGAGCAGUACCUCCAAGCAUCUAUCGUCCCAGCCGCUAUGCUGGCGCACUGCUCUUUCCCUCCGGUGAAAUUGAUCUGGAGUCGAGCAUGGAACGGCAUAACUUGGUGGUGGACUUCGGUCUCAAGCCGCGUGACAUCGCUGCCUUGGUCUCCAAGACCCGCCGUGGCUUCAGCCUCAACGUGCGCCGUGGUGGCACCGUGUUGUCCCUUGGUCGGGAUGGUCCUGCUGUGGUGGUGGCAAAUGCUACUGCCUUGAUCCUCCCCAGGGGUACCAGCGUUCAAACCAUCGGCCGAAGGAUUCAGCAGAAAUAUUUGGAGCUGGUUGACAUGGCUCUACCAAAAGAGGGCCUUGCCAGAGAGUCGGUGCCCUUUGCCUUGGCAGUGACAGAGGCCCUUUUGGCACUGUAUUUGGACAAGGUCACCAACCAGCUGCAGCCGUGUGUCAGUGAAGCCAAUGUGCUUCUUCGUAAGUACGUGGGGAUGCGACAGGAUGAGAUCUCCACCUUCGAACUGGAGCAGCUCCGGCGCACCAAGCAGAGUCUGGAUGCUGUUCAGUCGCAGGCAAAGAGCUUUCAGCAAACCCUCCUGGAAGCUUUGGAUGAUGAGGACGACCUUUCUCAAUUGGCGGGGGCAGUUGGCCCUACCAAAGAGGAGUGGGAACUCUGCUUCGAGUAUUACUCGCAGGGUGCAGAAGAACUCGACGCGGAGGCGGGGUCAGUGCGAAAUCGCGAGGCCGCAGCCCAUGCCGAGUCCAUGGAUGACCUGGAGCAGUUCAUUUCGCUGCGCUUGAGCUCCCGGAGAUUGGAACUGGAGAAGUCCCAGUUGGCCUUGGAGACUUGGACCAUGGACCAUGGGAAUCAUGGGGAUUUAUGGGGAUGA